AUAUCUUUCAUCUGCUGGUUCACUCCCCAAAUGGCCACAAUAGCCGGAGCUGAGCUGAUCCAAAGCCAGCAGCCAGGAACUUCUUCUGGCUCUCCAACGUGGGUGCAGGGGCCCAAGGACUUGGGCCUUCUGCUGCUGCUUUCCCAGACACAUUAGCAGGGAGCUGGAUUGGAAGAGGAGCAGCCAGGACUCAAACUGGUGCCCAUAUAGGAUGCCAGCACUGGAGGAGGUGGCUCUACCAGCUAAGCCACACAUUGCUUUCAUAAUGCUCACUUUCCUUGAACUGUUUGAAGACCCCUCAUAUUUGAGUAUCUAGCCCUGUGCUAGGAACUGUGGAGAUUGAACUCCUGAGUGCCGGUAUAUAUAUCUUUCUCCUAAAACUAUUUUCCAGUCUUUGAAACAACCCCAGCUGUCUAAUGAAUUGCCUGGGAUGCAGGAUCUCUCAGCAACUCAUCAUUGUUGCUGAUUCCUUUAUCUCACUGGUUCUCCUGGUCUUAAAUAUCUGUCUGUCUCUCAGCAUGUGUGUUUAUGUGUCUUGCUUACUCACAGUGGGGUUUAACCCGCCCUGAUCCCAGUCCUGUAAGGCUGGCCUAGAAGUGCAAACCUCUGCCUCUCUUUUCCUCUAGUCCAGAUGCCAACAUGUGGGUGGAAGUGCCCACUCAGAUAAAACUAUCCAAGAGUGCCAAUGUCUCCUAGGCCACCUACUUUCUUGGGAAUUUUGAGAAUGUCAUUUGUCCCAGCUCCACGCAGGGAAGAAUCCUAGCAGGCAAUACCAAGGUGGAAGCCUCAUUCUUCCUCCUCAUUGACAUUCUUAACAUCAAAGGGUCUUUAUGGGGGGUAGGGAUGGAAAAGGAGCAGUUUUUCUGUUUGGAAGGCUGUCCAGGGCCCUCUGAGGAAAGACGGGACAUCACUAAUCCUCAGUCCAUGUGAGGUUAGGGCAGCUGGUCACUUCCACCCUCUUUCAGGUCUCUCCAUGGCUCCUCUUCCUGAGUGAGUCCAUUAGUCAAUCGGUCUCUUGGCUCCAGCCCCUCUCACCUGUCCUCUUCCAUCAACUAAUAGCCUGCCUGCCAGCCACCCUGGCUUCCUGGCUCCCUCAUUCCUGCUGCAGUGGCCCAAGUCCAUCCUGCCACGACUGUAGAGGAGAGGGGAGCUGAUGGGGACCAGGGAAACCUCCUGUUGACACCGUCUUGUCCCCUUCCCAGACCUCUUUUUUGGGGUCAGGAUGAACCAGGGGCAGCACAUGGGGAGAAAUAAGGAGAUUGAGGUCAGAGGUCUCCUAUCCCCCUCAAACCCCCCAGGUGUCACCAUCCCAGGGCCAGCAUAUGGGUGAGGGGGCACCCCCUGGGGCCUGAGCUGCCCCGCACAGGAUGCCCCGUGCCCCCCACUUCAUGCCCUUGCUGCUGCUGCUGCUGCUGCUCUCACUUCCCCACACCCAGGCCGCCUUUCCUCAGGACCCGCUCCCUUUGUUGACCUCUGACCUGCAUGGUGCUCCCCCGUUAGCCUGGUUCCGGGGCCUGGAGGAUGAUGCUGUGGCUGCAGAACUUGGGCUGGACUUCCAGAGAUUCCUCACCUUGAACCGGACCUUGCUGGUGGCUGCCCGGGAUCACGUCUUCUCCUUCGAUCUCCAAGCCCAAGAAGAAAGGGAGGGCCUGGUGCCCAGCAAGUAUCUGACAUGGCGGAGCCAGGAUGUGGAGAACUGUGCGGUCCGGGGAAAGCUGACGGACGAGUGCUACAACUACAUCCGUGUCCUUGUUCCUUGGGACUCGCAGACGCUUCUUGCCUGUGGGACGAACUCAUUCAGCCCAGUGUGCCGCAGCUAUGGGAUAACUUCGCUGCAGCAGGAGGGUGAGGAGCUGAGUGGGCAGGCUCGGUGCCCGUUUGAUGCCACCCAGUCCAACGUGGCCAUCUUUGCAGAGGGCAGCCUGUACUCAGCCACAGCCGCAGAUUUCCAGGCCAGUGAUGCUGUUGUUUACAGAAGCCUGGGGUCUCAGCCCCCACUCCGCUCCGCCAAGUACGACUCCAAGUGGCUCCGAGAGCCGCACUUUGUGCACGCCUUGGAGCACGGAGAACAUGUCUACUUCUUCUUCCGAGAGGUCUCUGUGGAGGACUCCCGGCUGGGCAGGGUGCAGUUCUCUCGUGUAGCCCGCGUCUGUAAACGCGACAUGGGCGGCUCCCCUCGGGCCCUGGACCGCCACUGGACCUCCUUCCUGAAGCUGCGGCUCAACUGCUCCGUCCCUGGGGACUCCACCUUCUACUUUGAUGUCCUACAGGCCUUGACUGGGCCUGUGAACUUGCAUGGCCGCUCUGCUCUCUUUGGGGUCUUCACCACCCAGACCAAUAGCAUCCCUGGCUCUGCGGUCUGCGCCUUCUACCUGGAUGAUAUUGAGCGUGGGUUUGAGGGCAAGUUCAAGGAGCAGAGGAGUCUGGAUGGGGCCUGGACCCCUGUGUCUGAGGACAGGGUACCCUCACCCAGGCCGGGCUCCUGUGCAGGAGUAGGUGGAGCGGCCUUGUUCCCCUCCUCUCGAGACCUCCCUGAUGAUGUCCUGAUCUUCAUCAAGGCUCACCCACUUCUGGACCCCGCUGUGCCACCUGCCACCCAUCAGCCUCUCCUCACUCUCACCAGCAGGGCCCUCCUGACCCAGGUAGCUGUGGACGGCAUGGCUGGUCCCCACAGUAACACCACUGUCCUGUUCCUCGGCUCCAACGACGGGACAGUGCUGAAGGUGCUGCCCCCAGGGGGGCGCUCCGGGCGAGCUGAGCCUGUCUUACUGGAAGAGAUUGACGCCUACAGCCCCUCCCGGUGCGGUGGCAAGCGGGCCGUCCAAACAGCACGACGCAUCAUAGGGCUGGAGCUGGACACGGAGGGUCACAGGCUCUUUGUGGCCUUUUCUGGCUGUAUCGUCCACUUCCCACUCAGCCGCUGCGCCCGGCACGGGGCCUGUCGCAGGAGCUGUCUGGCUUCUCAGGACCCCUACUGUGGAUGGCAUAGCUCCAGAGGCUGCGUGGAUGUCAGAGGUGGUGGGACCGAUGUGGACUGGGUUGGGAGCCAGGAAUCCCCGGAGCAUGGUGACUGCCAAGAUGGGGCCACCGGGAGUCAGUCUGGCCUGGGGGAUUCUGCUUAUGUGCUUCUGGGUCCUGGCCCUUCCCCUGAGACCCCCAGUCCCCCCAGUGAUGCCCACCCCCGGCCCCAGUCUUCCACUCUUGGAGCUCACACUCAGGGCGUGCGCCGGGACCUCCCCCCAGCCUUGGCCUCCCGCUCGGUCCCCAUCCCACUCCUCCUGGCCAGUGUGGCCGCGGCCUUCGCCUUGGGCGCCUCGGUCUCUGGCCUCCUGGUCUCCUGUGCUUGUCGCCGCGCCCACCGACGUCGUAGCAAAGACAUCGAGACCCCCGGGCUCCCGCGCCCUCUCUCCCUUCGCAGCCUGGCCCGGCUGCACGGCGGGGGCCCAGAGCCGCCGCCGCCGCCCAAGGACGGAGACGCCGCGCCUACGCCGCAGCUCUACACCACCUUCCUGCCUCCUGCCGACGGCGUGCCCUCGCCGGAGCUGGCCUGCCUGCCCACCCCAGAGUCCACGCCCGAGCUGCCCGCCAAGCACCUCCGCGCUGCCGGGGGUCCCUGGGAGUGGAACCAGAACGGGAACAACGCCAAGGAGGGCCCGGGCCGCGCGCGGGGCGGGAACGCGGCGGGCGCCCCCGCGCAGCGCGUGCUGGUGAGGCCGCCGCCGCCCGGCUGCCCCGGGCAGGCGGUGGAGGUCACCACCCUGGAGGAACUGCUGCGCUACCUGCACGGCCCGCAGUCGCCCAGGAAGGGGGCCGAGCCGCCAGCCCCAGCCCCUUUUACCUCGCGGCCGCUCCCGCCGGAGCCUGCGCCCACCCCGGCGCUAUUUGCAGACCCCAGCCCCUUACCCCGGGAGUGUGCCCCGCCUCUGAGGCUGGACGUGCCCCCCGAAGGCAAGUGCGCGGCCCCCAGCGCCCGACCCGCGCUCUCCGCCCCCGCUCCCCGCCUGGGGGUUGGGGGCAGCCGGAGGUUGCCCUUCUCCACCCACCGUACGCCACCUGCCCUGCUCACUCGGGUGCCCUCGGGAGGGCCCGCCAGGUACUCUGGGGGUCCCGGGAGGCACCUCCUGUACCUGGGCCGGCCCGAGGGGUACCGAGGCCGCGGCCUGAAGAGGGCGGACAUGGAGAAGUCCCCGAAGCCUCCCCUCGGCGGGCCCUCUCACCCGGCCGUCCCUAGUGGCAGCCAUUUUAACUUUUAAAGAGAACAGCUCCACGGCCUCAAAUGGCACCCUCCAAGGCCGUGGCCGCGGACGCGUCUCCACGGACAGGCCACCUCCUCCUCUCCCGUUCCCCACCCCCAGCGUUCCUGGACUCUGAGAGUCUCCCGGGGUCCCCUGUCCCCUCGGGUUUAUUUAUUGACUGUCGACUGUCUUCCCCCCUGUCCUCGAGAGAGGAGUGGGAGGUGAGAAGCUCGUCCCCUCGGUGAGCCACAGCAUUUCGGGGGGCACCGGCAGACUCCCACUCCCCGCUCCCAAACAGCCAAGCUGCCUUAACUCGCCCCUCUGGGCUUCCUCCACAGACUGGGCGGACUGACGGACGGGGCUGGGGCCACGCGCGCGUUGUGUACAGAGUUCUCGGGCCUCCUGGGACUGGGACGUGCCUCCUCCUACUGUGUAGGAGCCUCCGCUUCCCAAUACAGCUGUGUCCCCGA